AUGUCCUCCUCAAAGACCAGCGUUGUCAUUGUCGGCUCAGGUAUCGCCGGCAUGUCCACUGCCUUAUGGAUGCUCGAGUCUGGCAAGUACUCGGUCACAAUUCUCGAGAAGAACGCCGUCACGCCUGCUCCCGAUGCUGCUAGUGCUGACAUCAACAAGAUCAUUCGAGCUUCCGACUAUGAAGACCGCGCUUACGCCAAAUUCGCUCUUGACGCUAUCGACUUUUGGCGAAAGCCCGAGUGGGAGGGCUGCUACCACGAAGCUGGUCUGGUUGCCCUCUCCCGUCCCGAGGAGAAAGAAGGCAUGCAGUUUGUCGACGCCGCCUACAAGAACUCUCACGACUUUGGCGUCGAUGUCCAGCUUGUCAAGGACCAGGCGUCCAUCAAGACUGCCGUCGACAAGGACAACUGUAUCCCUACCGGCGACUUUGGAAACAGGCAGGGUUACUACAACCCCAUCGGUGGUUGGGCGGAAGCCAGUAGGGCUGUGGAGGUCGGUUUGAAGCGAGUGCAGAAGCUUGGUGGUGUCGUCAGAGCCAAUGCCGACGUCGUUGGAUUGGUCACUGAGGGCAAGGAGGUCAAGGGUGUUGAGCUGAAGAGUGGGGAGAAGGUCUUGGCGGAUCUGACUGUAACCGCUGCUGGCGCCUGGACGCCCAAGCUCUUUGCUCUUCCUGGCGUCAAGGGCAAGCUUCCUGAUAUCCAAGCCACUGGCCAGAGUGUCGCCAUCUUCCAGCUUACCCCCGCGGAGGCCAAGCAGUACUCUAAGACUCCUGUCGUCUUCAACUUGGACGACGGAUGGUACUGCUUCCCCCCCAACCCCGAUGGUCUUAUGAAGAUGGCCAUCCACUCUGCCGGCUACAUCAACCCCGUCCAAGAAGUCGGCGGCGUCUCUGUCCCUAGGACAAAGCUCACGCCCGGCGCCGAGAGCGGUGCGAUCCCGAAGGUGAUGAUGGAUCAGCUCAGAAGCGGUCUCUCUGAGGUUUACCCGGAAUUGAUGAAGAAGGACUACGCCAUGACCCGACUUUGCUGGUACUGUGACUCUGUCACCGGUGACUGGCUCAUCGACUACCACCCCGACUUUUCCAACCUCUUUGUCAUCUCUGGUGACUCUGGCCACGCUUUCAAGUUUGCCCCCAACCUCGGUCGUGAAGUGCUCAAGAUCAUCGAGCACGAUGACUCAUCCGAGUGGCGUACGAGGUGGUCGUUCUACCCUCCCAAGGAGAUGGUGGAGCCCAAGGAGGAGAAGGGUGAUGUCAGCAAGGAGGCGACCGAAGUCAGUGGAACGGGUGCUGAUGUGAGGGCGGGCAUGAGGAAGCCCAUCGAGGAGAAGGAUUUGGUUACGCCUGCGGAUCUGAAGGCCAGGCUCUGA